CGCUGCGCUCUGUGCAGGUGUCAACAUCAACACAUACACACACAGUUGCGACAGGUUGCCAUAUCUGGGUUUCUUUAUCUAAAGGCAAAAAAAGAAGACGACGUUACAAUGCUCAGACGAAUUUUACAAAUGACUCCUGGAAAGGGAGGAUCCCAGACACCUGAGUCUGAUCAGCCGUCUGCUGACAUAAAUAAUGAGACUUCAGAGGGCUUCAUUUGCCCUCAGUGUAUGAAGUCUCAUAACUCUGCUGAGGAGCUUUUCAAGCAUUAUGAAGUUUACCAUGAGACCCAGGAGCAGCCGUCUCAUCUCAGUUCCGGGAGGGAAGAUUUGUCUUUUUUGCGACAAGAAGUGCAAGACUUGCAAGCGUCACUGAAGGAAGAACGAUGGUUUUCAGGAGAAUUGAAAAAAGAACUAGACAAAGUGCAAGGACAACUGAAGCAAGGACCUCAGAAUGACGGCCCGGUAGGUGUUGAGGAAUCGGAGCUGGAAAUGAAACUCCAUGAGGCUGAGACUGAAAAAUUCAACAUCAAACAGAUGAAAGACCUGUUUGAACAGAAGGCAGCCCAACUGGCUACUGAGAUUGUAGAUAUCAAGUCACGCUAUGAUGAGGAGAAGAGCGUAAGAGCAGUUGCUGAGCAGAAAGUGACGAGCUUGCAGCAGGACUUGCAGAGAGAGAGAGAGGAAAAGGACAGACUUCAGACAGAACUACUGCAGAGACCAGGAGUGGAGGAUGUGGAGGUGUUGAAGAGAGAACUGGUGCAGGUACAAACACUGAUGGACAGCAUGACUCGUGAAAGAGAGGAGGAAUCUGCACGGCUCAAAAACGAGUAUGAACAGCUGCAGAGGAAUUUUACUACCUCAGAGAUUCGUAAACUGGAGGCAACUAUCUCCAAUCUGAAGGCAGAACUGGAAAAGGGUCCCCAGGAAGCUGCAGUUUACACGCAACAGAUUCACCAACUACAAAGCAACCUGGACAACCUCCAGCAACAGAGCCAGAUGCUGUCAGCAAAGCUUUCACGACGGGAGAAGGAUAACCAAGAGCUGGAGGAGCGGCUGUCUCAGGAGCAGUUAUCCAAGAAGAAUCUACAGGGUAGCCUCCACCAAAGGGAGCUGGAGCUGCAGGAGAGCCAAGCACGCGCUUCAGCAGGAGAGGCCUCCCUCAGUCGGGUCCAGGCCGAGUUAACUGAGCGCGGGGACGAGGUAGGGCGUCUCAAAAAGGAGCUGGCUGAGCUUGAGAAGAGCCACCAGGAUUUGAAAGCUGAGCGCAAACAACUUCAGCAGCAAAGGGAGGAGAGAGAGAGCCACGGCUUGCAACAGCAGGGUGAAAUUAGCCAGCUGCAUGGAAAGCUGCUGGAGACGGAGCGGCAGCUGGGUGAAGUGCAGGGUCGGCUAAAGGAGCAGAGACAGCUUGCAGGAGAAAAACUAAAGGACCGCGAACAGCAGGUUGCUGACCUCCAGCUUAAACUUUCCAGAUUAGAUGAGCAGCUGAAAGAGAACACUUCCAAGUCUACUGACCUGCAGCAACAGCUGGACAAAUCCAAACAGCAACAUCAAGAACUGCAAACUCUCCAGCAGAGCACAAACAGCAAGCUGCGAGAAGCACAGAAUGAUUUGGAGCAGGUGCUGCGUCAGAUCGGUGAUAAGGACCAGAAAAUCCAGAAUCUGGAGGCUCUCCUGCAGAAAAGCAAAGCCAGUCUGAGUCAGCUGGAAUCUGAAAGACAAGACCUGUGUGCCAAGAUUCAAGCAGGAGAAGGGGAGGCUGCUUUACUCAACCAACUACAGGAAAAGAACCACACACUACAGGAGCAGAUAAAUCAGCUGAUAGAAAAACUGAAGAACCAGUCAGAGAGUCAUAAACAAGCACAAGAGAACCUCCAUGAGCAGUUACAAGAGCAGAAAAGCCAGCUGCGCUCAGCACAGGACCGGUGCCUGUCCUUGGAGAGUAAUGUAACAGAUCUCACUUCACAGCUGACCCAGAACAAGGAGAGACUUGCCCAACUUGACACCCAGCUAAAGGCUAAGACAGAGAUGCUACUGUCAGCUGAAGCAGCGAAAACUGCCCAGAGAGCAGAUCUAGAGAGCCAUCUAGAAACUGCCCAGCAUGCCUUGCAAGACAAACAACAGGAGGUGAGUAAAGCUCAGGCUCAGCUGGAAGAGCAGAGCUGUCGGCUGCAGGAAAAGCAGGAACAGUGCUUGCAGCUGGAGGCCGGUCUGAAGGAGAUUAGGGAGAAGCUGCUGGCUGCAGAGCAGAAGACCGACAGCCUGGAGAGCCAGACUAAGAAAGCAGAAGCUGAGUUAGUGGAGCUGCGAUCAGGAAGGGAACAAGCACAGAAGGCACAGAAAAGACAGCAGCAGCAGAUUAGUGAACUGGAGAAGAGGAAUAAGGAGCUCAGUCUCCACCUGGACACUGAAAAACAAGGGGCUGCAGCUCUUCAGGAGGAGCUGCAGAAAAAAAGCUCAGCUUUGGGAGAUGCACAAACGCAUGUUCAAAGGUUGGAACAGGAACAGAGUGAUAUUAAGACAAGACUGGAGAAACUCAUUGGUGAAGGAAAUGUGCAAAAAUCUGAACUGGAGAAGAAGCUCAAGGGCUUGAGCAUGGAGCACCAGAAAAUCAAGCAGGAGAGAGAUACACAGGCCAAAGAGCUGCAGAAGGUGAAGGAGGCUCUAAACAAGGCUUCUGCAGCCCUAAAGGAGAGUGAGACUCAGCUAGAGAAAGAGAAGAAGGGCAGUACAGCAGCCCUAGAGGAGAAGGAGAAAGUUUACCAGAAGGCCCAACAAGAGCUUCAGAGGAACGUAGAAGCAAUGGCUAAAGAAUUGACCACAGCCAAAGCGCAGUUGGGGAAAAUGGCAGAGGUGGAGAAGGGGCUUCAGGCACAACUGCAAGAGCUGAAUACCCAAUUGAAACAGUCUCAGGAUGCAGUAAAGGAAAAGGAGAAGGACAUCCAGCAGGUUCAGACACAGCUAAAGACAGCCCAAGGAUCCUUCACUGAGGAAGUGAAAAAACUGCAGAGCCAAGUAGCAGACCUGCAGACCACACAGACAAAGAAGGAGGAGGAGUUAACUAAGCUGAAGGAACAGAUGACUGUGCUGUCUGAACAGCUGAAUUCUGAGAAAAACCACAGAGCAGAGCUUCAAAAAACCUGUGACAGCACCAAAGAGACCUUAUCCAAAGUACAGUCUGAUUAUUAUGGCAAGGAGUCUGAAGUCUCUUCUCUGCGCCAGGACCUCAAGGCCCGUGAAGAGAAGCUGGCCCUGACUCAGGAAGAACUGGUAGCCAGCACCAACCAGCUGAACACUCGUGAGGCCCAAAUCCAGGAUCUGAAAACAGGACAUGCAACACUGGAGAAAGAUUUGAAGAAGAGGGACGAGAAGCUCAAACAGCAGGAGGAGGCGCUACGAGAACUGCAGAAGCAGCAGGAGCUGAUGCAGGAGGAGCUAAAGAAGGAGCGUUCUCAGGUGGAGGAGCUAAGAGAGGCUCAGAGUGGGCUAGAGAAAGAGCGGAGCAGGCUAAAUACUGAACUGAAAGCUCUGGCAGACAAGAGUGAGAAGGAGCUCAAGGACCUGCAGGCAGCGAAGCAGCUCUUACUCCAACAGAAAGUAGAGCUACAGGGCCGAGUUGAAGCGAUCCAAGCAGCACUGGAGCAGGAGAAGAAGGAACAUCAGAACACCCGAGAGUCCAUCACACAGUCACAACAGCAACACAAAGCAGAGACUGACAAGCUGCACAAACAACUGGCAUUGGAAGUAAAGGCUAAGGAUGAAGUGGAAAAGCGGAAAGAGGAGGCCGAGGCGAAGCUUACAAUGCAGGUUUCUGCCCUUAAUGAGAACGUUGCGACACUGAAGCGAGAGUGGCAGAGCAGUCAGAGACGCGUGAGCGAGCUGGAGAAACAGACGGAUGAAUUGCGUGGUGAGAUUGCCGUGCUUGAGGCCACUGUGCAGAACAACCAAGACGAGAGACGUGCCCUGCUCGAGAGGUGUGUGAAGGACGAAGGUGAAAUAGAGAAGUUGCAAGCUAAAAUGCUGGAGAUGAGGAGAAAACUAGACGACACCACGGCAGCCAUGCAAGAGCUGGGUCGAGAAAAUCAAUCCUUACAGAUAAAGCAGUCUCAGUCCCUUACACGGAAGUGGGCAGAGGACCACGAGGUGCAGAACUGCAUGUCCUGUGGGAAAGGCUUCUCUGUCACCAUCCGGAAGCACCACUGCCGCCACUGCGGGAACAUCUUUUGUGCUGAAUGCUCAGCCAAGAACGCCCUGACACCAUCCUCUAAGAAGCCAGUGCGGGUAUGUGAGACCUGCUACGACGAGCUGCAGGGCUAACGGGCUUCUUCCCGCCUGCUGCUCUGCUACGUACCCACCACGGACUUUUCCUGCACAGACUGUCGCUUUCUCAGACGCUGGAGUCAGGAGCAGGAGUGGUGGGGUGGCAAAGCUGCAGAAAUAAAUGAGGACUGGUCUGGUUUGGUCUGCUCACUACGCAUGAGGUGGCCUCAGAGAGAGAGCAACAAAAGAAUCACAGCAGUCCUCACCCGAGCAGUGCCUUGGUCACCUCUAGGGUCAUUUGGGGUUCCAAAGAAUUUAAAAGGGAAAGUGGUGCAGCAUUUUAAUGGAAUGUGUUUUGAUGAGAUUCUAACAUGCUCUGCGCUUUGGGUCCCAGACUGGACGAUUUGUACCUCAAGCUUUUUCUCUUCUGAACAAAGCAGUAAUGAAUGUGCCAGGAUGGCAUCCAGUGUGAGAGGAUUCAUUCAUCAACAGCUCAAGUUAGAAAAGAGCACAGAGCUAUGGAUAAAAAAUCUCAUCAAAAACGUAUAACUUUCCCAGUUGACAGUGUGGAACAGUCUGAUUUAGUUGCUAAUCUGAAUGUGCAGCCAGAUCAAGUACUGUUUUCCAUUGCCUAAUGGUACCUGUGACAACAGGAGUUAACCAAAGGCGUGUUAAUGUUAAACACUAACAACAGCUGACAUUUCCAGUAUAAACUGACACCAAUACUUGAAAAUUCCUGCAUCAUACAGCCUUGUAGAAAAGCCCUUGUGGCUAGCUAUAUUUGUUUACCUUGAUUAACCUUUCUUCAAAAACUACAUUUGACCAAUCAGUGGUCUGCCUCAUUUUUAGCUGCACCUGUAAUUUCUUGUUUAGUACCCUGGCAAGAUGUGCAACAAACAGUACUAAUACAAUGUGUUGCAUAAUUUUCUAAUGUUACCACCUCGAACUGAGCUAUGAAAGAAAUUUAAACAGAAAUGCCCAAUUAUUUUUUACCUAGAAUAAAAGAAACCAGCUUGCCAGUUUUUUUUUCUUCCCCACUCGAAACUCCUUCAUUAUUAUGGGCGGUAUUGUGUGUGAUUUAUGAAAAAAUCCCAGUACAUUCUGUUUUAGUUUUAAGUAGUAACACUACAAAAUGUGAGAAAUGGGUAGGCUGUGAGGUCGGGGGAAACUGGGAUGUUACAGCAGGGGUCUCUUGGCAGUGGAAAUCAGAUUUGUUAGUGCAGCGUGCCACACUGUCCCUUGGAAAGUACUAUUGGUCUUCAUUUUGACUUGAUUGAACCUUUUUCAACUUUUUUUUCCCCUCAUAUUAAUUUAGGCAUGUUUUAUUAAAUGGUGUCUAUGUAUCAUACAUGCUUGCUAUGCUGCUCAUGUUUUUUUUAUUUGAUUAAAAAAAAAAACUACUUUUUACGUUUUGUUUUUAAUGAUAUCAGCUUUUCCAAAUCGGUGCAUCUGAGCAGUAUUUUGCUAAUUUCAAUCAAUUAGAUUUUUGACAGGAUCACUUAUUUGCACCUGUUCGUGCCCUGCUACUAAGCAAUAAUUGUGAUGAUGUGGCUAAAACUGUGUGCGUGUGUGUGUGUGUGUGUGAAUCUGUGUACGUAAGAGAUUUAUAUAUAUAUAUAUAUAAAUGCUAUAUUGAUUGUAUAAAAUAUGGGCUGCUAGAGCAUUUCUAAAAGCGCAUCGUCAAUGUUUGUGUAGCAUUAUCGUUCCGCAUUCUGUCAUCACACUACCUGCAUCUUGUCUACUCCUCUCUAUCUUUCUACCCAGUGGGUGUGAAAAGUGUCACGCGUGACAUGAGAGAAAAGACAUCAGCUUCAAACAUACUGUAGAUGCAAUCGGUAUGCUUUGUGCUAGAGGACGGAUUUAGCCAUGAAAACAGCUGAAUUUUUGGCGCGGGUGCUUGUGCAGACGUGCAAAAGAAAUUGUACAGAUUGUACUUGCUGUAUAGUAAACUUCAGUGUGAGAUAUCUAUCACAAUGCGCCUUUCCUCUACAUGCUUGCUUCGGCAUAGAGGAUGCACUCGUAGAAAUGCAUAUUCCCUAUCAUACAAGAAGCAGUGUGUUUUAUUUCAAGACACAUACACACUCAGAUGCACCAAAAUCAACAAAUCUAAUCAUUUUCAUCAGUGUAAAUUUCAGACUGACUCUGUAUUUUUAUGUCACCUACCUCCGGACUGUGUGUUUCCCUCUCAAAUAUUUGUUUUACCAUAAAAUCCACAGUCUCGUUAACACUAUGGCUGUUAAGUCUCAGUCCAAGUGUCGGUUACUAGAAAUAAGUCAAGAAAGUUGCCAGAACUCAGAAUGUUAACCAUUUUAUGAGUAAUACUACGCUGCAGUAGAUUCGGUUAUGUUUCCGCACUUCUCAUCCGAACGACAGGUUGUUUCUGUUGUGAUCAUGUGGUCGUGCCUUAAGUCUUGCUUCCUUAGCAUCAGGGCUCGGUCACAUGGGCUGAGCCGAAAGGCUUCACGCUCGUACAGUACAUAACUGUUCACUGUCAGUAUGGCGACGCUGGUGGUUAUAAAUGUGUCAAAACGGUGUAUGAAUAUAAUUUAUGUCAAGAUGUUUGUUUUCUAAUUGUUUUUCAUUGAUAUGUUUGAGUAAAUAAACUACUGUAAGUGUUUCUAUUUUCA